AUACAGGUAGAUAAAGCGAGGAGGAAAACAUCUGUGAGGCAUUAUGAGUCAUCAUCCUCCAGUUUCGUGUAUUCCAAACACAGCAAAGAUGUCGAAAGCUAAAAAAGUGAUUGAAGAAGCCAGGGAAAUCAAUAAUCCCGAGAUAGACUUGGUGGAUAAAGGGAUAUCUAACCUCGAAGAAAUACCUGGACUGUUCAACCUUGCCAACAUAACCCGGUUAUCGCUAAGUCACAACAAAAUACAGACUGUGCCCGCUGCGUUAGCCAAUUUGAUGAACUUGGAGAUCCUCAACCUAGCGAACAACCACAUUGAGGAGUUGCCGUUGAGUCUGUCGUCGUUGCCCAAGCUACGCAUCCUCAAUGUAUCACUCAACAGGCUGUAUGGGUUGCCAAGAGGGUUCGGAGCCUUCCCAGUGUUGGAAAUUUUGGAUUUGACGUACAAUAACUUGAAUGAAAAGACACUGUCUGGAAACUUCUUUAUGAUGGAAAGUUUAAGAGCCCUGUAUUUGGGUGAUAAUGACUUUGAAUACUUGCCUAACGAAAUUGGCAAUUUGAAGAAUUUACAAAUUCUGUCGCUCCGUGAGAACGAUCUGGUGGAGGUCCCGCGGGAAUUGGGUCAGCUGGCGCGCCUGCGCGAACUGCAUCUACAGGGCAACCGUCUCGUCGUGCUGCCACCAGAAAUCGGUACCCUAGACCUGGCCAGCAAUAAGGCUGUUCUUCGACUGGAGGGCAACUUCUGGGUGCCGCCCAUCGAAGACCAGCUCAAGUUGGGCCCGUCCCACGUGUUGGAUUACCUGCGCUCCGAGACCUAUAGAGUAUUGUACAGCCGGCACAUGUCAGCGAAGCCCCCGCCGCCGCCGCAGACCCUGGAUAAGAGCAAGAAGGCCAGCCGCGCCAAGUCCUAAACCAAACCCUAACACUGGCUUACCCUGUACAACUAUUUCGUAAACCUUUAACUACUUGAUACUGGCAAGAGGCAUAGCAACCAUAAAAAUAGAAGAAAAAAUCUGGUGGUGGCAUUGAUGACACCAUAUUUUGAACUUUAGUGACAUGACGUAAGGUUCAAAACCAAUUAACAAAAUUUCACACUAUAAGUUAAGGGUUAAGAUGGCCACUCACUGUGACCAUUCGUGUGUAACUUUAUUCUCGAACAAACCGCGCGAAUGCUUGUAGUAAGUGACCACCUUUACAGUUUUAUCUCUUUUCGCUGAUUUCAUCAUUUUUCAGACAUGAAAAUUAGUGAGCUGUUUAUGCAAAUAGUUUUACAGGGUAGGGCCUUACAACCUGUGCCAUUCAAAUAUUUUACUGUUAGAAAAAUCUGACUAUAGGAUCUAUCUUCGUACAGUGUGUGUGUAAUAGGUAUCGUAAGCUUAUGGAUUCAGUAGUGUGCUUUGUAAUUGAUGUUUAAGAAUUAUUAUUAAUUUAUUUUAAUCGAAUAUUGUUCUGAAGGAUUUAUUUUAUUAUGGUUGUUUUAUAGCAUUUUUGUGAAAUAUGUUGUGUUGAUGACAAAAUUAUGUUAUUUAUGUAUUCAUUGUUUUGUAAAGGCCCUUGGUAAACGAGCAAUUUGAUGUUUAACUUUUACUUACUUUUUGUUUAAUUGCUAAUAUGAUUUAAAAAAUAUAUUUAGUUAAUCAUCUUUAUUAUUCACACAAACCAAAUAAUUUAAAUCAAAAUGUCACAGAAAUUAUAGAGGAACUUAAAUUUACAUUAUACAACUGCAUAAGAAAUAAAAAAGGCAAGUGCACUUAUAUACAAACAUAAAAUAACAUAUUUUUACACAUGAAAUGGUGCUUUUAAGAAUGUAUUAACAUUGUGAUAAGGUAUAAAAAUACACGUAUG